AUGAGUACAACAAGUAUUCUGUGUUUUGUCGCGCUAAUAUCAUGUUCGGCGGCUUUAUUGACGUCACCGCCGAAGAUAGUCAAGCAGCCGACACAAGAAGAGAUUCUGUUCCAAGUGGCGCAGGCUGGAGAAGUGGAUAAACCAUUUAUCAUCGAGUGCGAAGCGGAAGGUGAACCGGCCCCGAAGUAUCGAUGGAUCAAAAACGGCAAGGCAUUUGAGUACACCAGUUACGACAAUAGAAUUUCACAGCAAUCUGGGCGUGGUACUCUCGUGGUCAGCCAGCCUCGUGAUGAAGACCUUGGUCAGUACCAGUGCUUCGCCUACAACGAAUGGGGAACUGCCGCUUCAAAUUCCGUAUUCGUACGCCGAGCGGAACUCAACUCAUUUAAGGAGACCGACAGUCAACAAUCUGUUGUUGCCGAAGAAGGAAAACCUUUUAAGCUCACUUGUGAACCACCCGAUGGUCAUCCAAAACCUAAAGUCUACUGGAUGUUGCAAGGCGAUCAGUUUCAACUCAAGACUAUCAAUAACUCCCGUAUGACUUUAGAUCCUGAGGGCAACUUGUGGUUCUCGAACGUAACUCGCUACGACGCCAGUGAGAACUUUGCAUACAUUUGUACUGCAAAUUCCAUCUUCAGAAAUGAGUACAAGUUUGGUAACAAGAUCUACUUGCAAGUGACGCAGACAGGUAUUUCGCCUACUUUGAACAAGCAUGAACCUGUUCGACAGUACACCACCAGGAAAGUGGAGAAAGCCAUGAAGGGGAAGAGGGUAGAGCUGUAUUGCAUUUAUGGUGGAACGCCGCUACCCCAAAUUGUAUGGAAGAAGAACGGUCGAAGCAUUCUGUCAUCUCAAGGCAUAACUCAGGACAAUUACGGGAAGACCUUAGUCAUCAAGUACCCCACAUAUGAAGACCAGGGCACGUACACGUGCGAAGUGAGCAACGGCGUUGGCACCGCACAAUCUUACUCCAUUACUCUUAAUAUUGAAGCUGCACCAUUCUUCACGGUUGAACCAGAAUUCCAAAAUAAGGCUGAGGGUGAGACUGCGGAGAUUAGGUGUGAGGCCGAAGGUACUCCAGUACCGAAAAUCACAUGGAUCCACAACGGCAAACCUAUAGAGCAAGCGGAGCCGAAUCCAAGGAGACAAGUUACCUCAAACUCGAUCAUCAUUACAAAUCUGGUGAAGAAGGACACUGGAAACUACGGCUGCAACGCUACCAGUUCCAUCGGAUACGCUUACAAGGAUGUCUACAUCAACGUUCAAUCUAUCCCGCCCGAAAUCAAAGAGGGUCCGGAGAACCUGACCAAGGUGGACGGCUCAGAGGCUGUGCUUAAGUGCAGAGUGUUUGGAGCGCCGAAGCCGAUCGUCAAAUGGAUGAAGGACAACGUUGAUGUCACUGGUGGCAAAUACAACAUAACUGCCGACGGCGAUCUCGUGAUACGAGACGUAUCUUACACGGAUGUCGGCACGUACGAGUGCUACGCAAAAAACAAAUUUGGUGAAAAGUCUGCAUUCGGAUCUUUGGAUGUUAAGAAACGCACCGUGAUCACUGAUAAGCCGGAACAUUACGAGGUCGCAGCCGGUUCAUCGGCCACCUUCCGCUGUAACGCCAACGCGGACGACUCACUCAAAUUGGAGAUCAUAUGGCUCAACGACGGGCAACCGAUCGACUUCGAGAGCCAGCCCCGAUUCAGAAUGACCAACGAUUACUCGCUGCUCAUUUCUGACACCACAGAGUUGGACUCCAGCGAAUACACGUGCAUUGCCAGGACGGCUAUUGACGAAGCGAGGGCGCAAGCUACAUUAACUGUUCAAGACAAACCCAACCCACCAGCCUUGGACCAUAUAGAAUGUGGAGCAAAGACAGCAUCACUUCGUUGGCAUCCGAUGGGAGACAACCGGGCACCGAUCCUGCGCUUCUCCAUACAGUACAACACCACAUUCACCCCGGACACGUGGGACGUCGCUAGCGACAACGUCCCUGCUACUGACACAGCAUGGACUGUGCAGCUUAGCCCCUGGGCUAAUUAUACCUUCAGAGUGAGUGCUUGGAACAAAAUCGGACCUUCCACCCCAUCAUCUCAUUCGGACGUUUGCACCACACAACCAGACGUUCCAUAUAAAAACCCCGACAAUGUCAAGGGCGAAGGCAGCGAUCCAACUAAUAUGGUCAUAUCUUGGUCGAAAAUGCCUCAAAUCGAGCACAAUGGCCCCGGGUUCUACUACCUGGUGACGUGGCGCCGCAACAUCACCGGUCAACCCUGGAGCGAGGAACAAGUCCGAGACUGGCAGCAGACCGAGUACGUUGUUCUCGCCACGCCCACCUUCCAACCCUACAAGAUUAAGGUGACAGCAGUAAACUACAAAGGCACAUCGAAUGUAACCCCUGUCGAGGUGAUCGGUUGGUCUGGUGAGGAUACUCCUCUGCAAUCACCGGCCAACUUUACCCUCGUCCAAGUUACUACAGGCACUACAGCCUUGCUUAACUGGGAAUCCGUUCCACCAGAAUCAGUCCGCGGUCACUUCAAGGGCUACAAAAUCCAAACUUGGGUCGACGGUGAAGAAGACAAAUUGAAGGAAAUUUUAGUGAAAGCUGACGCUUCAAGCGCUUUGGUUACUAAGUUUAAACCUUACAAGAAAAACAACGCCAGAAUCUUGGUAUACAACGGACGUUUCAAUGGGCCUCCCAGCGAUACCCUAAGCUUCCACACGCCUGAAGGAAAACCCGGUACUGUAAAAUCAUUCGAGGUUUACCCAAUCGGUUCAUCGGCUAUGUUACUCAAAUGGGACAAGCCCGUCGAUGAAAACGGCGUUCUAACAGGCUACAAGAUUUACUACCAAAAGGUCACUGGCACCAACUUAGGCCCAGUCCAGGAGCGAAAGAAGGAAAUCGACCCUAAAUUUGACCGCGCAAAGUUGGCUGGCUUAGAACCAAACACGAAGUACAGAAUCGAAAUCAGAGCAAAGACCAAGGCUGGUGAAGGUGACAAGUAUUACGUAGAACAGACGACGAAGAGUGUUGUAACUGCUAAACCAGACAUCCCCGUGUUCGAAACUAAAACAUUACCAGCUAAAGAAGGCACCGCACAUAUUCUAGUUCGUUGGUUGCCGUCAUUGGAUGGGCAUGCAGGCACUCAUUUCAUUGCUUGGUAUAGGCUGAAAGGUCACCCAGACUGGUCGAAGACUCACGAGAUUACAGAAGAUGACUACGCGAUUCUCACAGGACUGGAGCCCGGACAAGUUUAUGAAGUCAAAUUAACGGCCCAUGACGGCGAAUACUUUAGCAGCAGUGAAUUAAGAGACGUUGAUACUACUAUUGACGGUCCGAUCGUGAAGCCGGACAGCGACAAGACGGCGACGGCGGGCUGGUUCAUCGGCGUGAUGCUGGCGCUGGCCUUCCUGCUGCUGGUGCUGGUGCUGGUGUGCGUGGUGCGGCGCAACCGCGGCGGGAAGUACGACGUGCACGACCGCGAGCUCGCGCACGGCCGCCGCGACUACCCCGACACGGGCUUCCACGAGUACACGCACCCACUUGACAACAAAUCUCGUCACUCGAUGAGCAGCGGCACCAAGCCCGGCCCCGAGAGCGACACCGACUCCAUGGCUGAGUACGGCGAGGGAGAGACUGCGGGUAUGAACGAGGACGGUUCGUUUAUUGGCCAGUACGGACGCAAGCGAAGGCCCCCCCCUUCUGGACAAACUGACUCCGCUUCGCAGGCCUUCGCCACGCUCGUCUAA